UCUGGUGGAACGCACGACCUGCCCCCCGUCCUGCCCCGCCCGGAUCAUGCGAGGGGCCCCGGAGGAGGUGAGGGCGAAUGACCGGUCUGCGGCGACCUCGUUCAGGGGGCGACUCCCUCUCUGAGACGCCCCCACCUGCUGCCAUGUGCUGCCUCCUCGGGUACCCAGCCUAUCGCCAAACUUUCCCGAUGCCAGCCUGUCUCUGAGUCGCGUUUCUGAGCGAAGCGUCCCAGAGACGGAGGGCCCAGGCUGGCUACGGACUAUCUGCUUCUCUCGGGAUCCUCAGAGAGUACUUUCCUUGGAAUCGGAGCCCUAACCGUCCCUCCCCAGCCUAUCCAGCGAAGAGCUGAGCGCUCCCUGCGGAGGCAGCGCCCUCCCGAAACAGUUUAUCUUUGGACGGAUUUCUUUAAAAGAAAAAGAAACCAACAGGUUGCCAGUCCCGGCGCCACACAAGUCGGCGGAGAGGGAAGCCGGAUCCCGGUUUUCCCUGCCUGAGCUGGCCCCGCGCUGGCGGCGGGAGACGAGGGGAAGGAGGGGGCUAUGGCUCGGCCUGACCCGUCCGCGCCGCCUUCGCUGCUGCUGCUGCUCCUAGCGCAGCUGGCGGGCCGGGCGGCGGCCGCCUCCAAGGCCCCAGUAUGCCAGGAAAUCACAGUGCCCAUGUGCCGCGGCAUCGGCUACAACCUGACGCACAUGCCCAACCAGUUCAACCACGACACGCAGGACGAGGCGGGUCUGGAGGUGCACCAGUUCUGGCCGCUGGUGGAGAUCCACUGCUCUCCGGACCUGCGUUUCUUCCUGUGCUCCAUGUACACGCCCAUCUGCCUGCCCGACUACCACAAGCCGCUGCCGCCCUGCCGCUCGGUGUGCGAGCGCGCCAAGGCCGGCUGCUCGCCGCUCAUGCGCCAGUAUGGCUUUGCCUGGCCGGAACGCAUGAGCUGCGACCGCCUCCCGGUGCUGGGCCGCGACGCCGAGGUCCUUUGCAUGGAUUACAACCGCAGCGAGGCCACCACGGCGCCCCCCAGGCCCUUCCCGGCCAAGCCCACCCUCUCAGGCCUGCCGGGGUCGCCGGCCUCGGGGAGCGACUGCGCCGCCGGGGGCCCGUCGGUGUGCAAGUGCCGCGAGCCCUUCGUGCCCAUUCUCAAGGAGUCGCACCCGCUUUACAACAAGGUGAGGACAGGCCAGGUACCCAACUGCGCGGUGCCCUGCUACCAGCCGUCCUUCAGCCCCGACGAGCGCACGUUCGCCACCUUCUGGAUCGGCCUGUGGUCUGUACUGUGCUUCAUCUCCACCUCCACCACGGUGGCCACCUUCUUAAUAGACAUGGAACGCUUCCGCUACCCUGAGCGCCCCAUCAUCUUCCUGUCAGCCUGCUACCUGUGCGUGUCUCUGGGCUUCCUGGUGCGCCUGGUCGUGGGCCAUGCCAGCGUCGCCUGCAGCCGCGAGCACAGCCACAUCCACUACGAGACAACGGGCCCUGCGCUGUGCACUGUCGUCUUCCUGCUGGUCUACUUCUUUGGCAUGGCCAGCUCCAUCUGGUGGGUCAUCCUGUCGCUCACCUGGUUCUUGGCGGCUGGCAUGAAGUGGGGCAACGAGGCCAUUGCAGGCUAUGCGCAGUACUUCCACCUGGCCGCGUGGCUCAUCCCCAGUGUCAAGUCCAUCACUGCGCUGGCACUGAGCUCCGUGGACGGGGACCCGGUGGCAGGCAUCUGCUACGUGGGGAACCAGAACCUGAACUCGCUGCGCGGCUUCGUGCUGGGCCCGCUGGUGCUCUACCUGCUGGUGGGCACGCUCUUCCUCCUGGCGGGCUUCGUGUCGCUCUUCCGCAUCCGCAGCGUCAUCAAGCAGGGCGGCACCAAGACGGACAAGCUGGAGAAGCUCAUGAUCCGCAUCGGCAUCUUCACGCUGCUCUACACUGUGCCAGCCAGCAUCGUGGUGGCCUGCUACCUGUACGAACAGCACUAUCGCGAGAGCUGGGAGGCUGCGCUCACGUGCGCGUGCCCCGGCCCGGACUCUGGCCAGCCGCGCGCCAAGCCCGAGUACUGGGUGCUCAUGCUUAAGUACUUCAUGUGCCUUGUGGUGGGCAUCACGUCGGGCGUUUGGAUUUGGUCCGGCAAGACUGUGGAGUCGUGGCGGCGCUUCACCAGCCGCUGCUGCUGCCGCCCGCGGCGGGGCCACAAGAGCGGCGGCGCCACGGCCGCCGGGGACUACGCCGAGGCGAGCGCAGCGCUCACGGGCAGGACCGCGCCGCCGGGCCCCGCCGCCGCCGCCGCCUACCACAAGCAGGUGUCCCUGUCGCACGUGUAGGAGGAGGCCGAGGCCGAGGGACCGGGGCCGGGGCCGGGAGUCGAGGGAGGGAGGUUGUUUUGUUUGGUAGCUUUGCCAAGGUCACUUCCGUUUACCUUCUUGGUGCUGAUGCCCCCUCCCGGGGCAACUUGGAGAGAGGGGAAAGGAACCGUUUCAAGGGGAGUACCUGUCCCAGGACUUCUCAGAGGGGCUCAGCUCACGUCUGUUCUAUCUUACUGCCUUUUCAAG